AUGAUCGCGAUGAGAGACACCAGGUCAUCGUCGACGUCGUCGGCGGAGCCGAUAUCAUCGCGCGUCAAAUCCAUCAAUGACCGCAAAUUCGCGUUCUUGAAUCAGGUGACUACUCCUGAUUAUCGAAGUCUGCCGUCGUCGGUGACGGCGUCACAAUCGUCGAUUCACUCGGUUCCAUCGAAGGAUGGCCGCAAUCAUACGGAGCCGGCAAUAUUUCCGACGUAUGGCGCACCGAUUGCCACUCCCGAGGAUGAGCUGUUCGAUUUGGACGAGACUGCAGGACCUUCUAUUGAGAAACGAUCGAUAGAUGAGGCGAUUGUUGAGCUGGAGGACCUUUGUAUAACGGUAAAGCAGCGAUCUGAAGCUUCCGAGGAGGGGGAGGAGCUGGAGGAGAGAAAUUGCUUUGAUUCUCAUAAGGAUGAAGAGGUGGAGGAAGUCAAGGAGGAUGACCAUGAACGAACUUACGAUAAAGAGGUCGAAGUGGUCAAGGAGUCAGAAGAGAAGAAAUCUAGUGAAGAGGGAUCUGAGAAUUUGGGACCGCAAAAUUUGAUGAAAAACGAGGUCGAAGAAUUCAAUGAGUUGGAGCAACAAAAAGACACUCUGGAACUCAAAGAGUCUGAAAAUUCGAAUCCAGAAUAUACUGAAUCAUUAAACAGCGAUGUCUUGAAUCAAGACAAAACUGGGGAGCUGGACUACCUCAGUGAUAUGAAAUCGCUGACAGAAUCUUUCGGAGCGCCGAAAAAAGCGAUACUCGAACGCGUUGAGCUGGAGGAGGGCGAUGAUGAGCUGGAGGAGUAUAGCAGUGACGAGGAGCCGCCAAAAUUGCAGGAGCCGGCGAAGCUUGAGAAGCCGAAAUCGUUGAGCCUGAAUAAUCCGUCGACGUCGAGCUCGACGACAAGAUUUUCAAUCGACGACGUCGAAACGCCCGACGAUUUUGAGCCGAUGAUGACCGGCGAUGAGAGCGUCCUUCAACAAUCGAUGCUCCAACUUCAGAAGCAGCUCAGGAAGUCGGACAUUCGUUGCGCGCGGCUCGAGAGGAUAUGCGAGUUUCAGCAGAAAGACAUCGAGAGUCUGAGAUUCGAAAUGGAUUGGAAGGACAAACGAAUCGAAUAUUUGCAAAAAGCGCUUGAAGAAAUGGAAAACGCGGCGAAAAAAUGA